GACAAUCAUCCUAGUUGUUACAAUUCAAUGGUUUAACUAUGAGAAUAUUUUAUAUGAAAUUUUAGGUUUGAAUUGGAGUCAGUAUAUUUUCCCCUUUUUAUAAGUAUUUAUUUUCGCAUGGAUUAGUCAUUAGCUCAAUCGCCCCAUCACAUCAACCAACUAUAUAAGAACGAUAUGUGUUACUUUAUACACAAAAUCGUGUUUCAUCAUUGUCUUUAGUUUAGGUUCUUUUUAUUGGGCAACCAUGCGCCCACCCGUAAAGAGAGUAGAUUACAAAAUAGGAGAUAAAGUAGAGGUAUGCAGCAAUGAAGAAGGGUUUAGGGGUUCAUAUUACGAAGCCACAAUUAUUUCUUGUCUUGAGAACGGGAAAUAUGUAGUUCGUUAUAAGAACCUUCUUGAAGAUGAUGAAUCUGGAUCUCUUAAAGAGACACUUUUUCCAAAGGAUCUUCGUCCUUCACCACCACAUGUUCGAAGUCCUCGCAAAUUUCAACUCCGCCAAAAAGUUGAUGUUUUUUAUAACGAUGGAUGGUGGUUAGGAAAAAUCGUUAGUGAUAAGGUCCUCACGCAAAAGGGUUAUUACUAUAAGGUGUAUGUUAACAAUAUGCGUGAAGCAAUUUACUACUCUCGUAAACGAAUUCGUGUACAUCAUGAGUUGAUUCACGGAGAUUGGUUCUUGGAAGCUUAACUCAUAUGAUCUAUGAUUAAUCAGGUGUAUUUGUUCUUGUUGUAUUUAUAAUAUUAAUAUGAAAUUAAGAUAUAUGUCGAUCUCUGUAA